UUACAUUCAUAGAUAAUUACAUUUAAAAAUGUCGCGCCAAGAGUGGUGUUCGGACAAACUUUCUAAAUUAUUACACGACGACUCCAGAAUUCCUGUUUUACACGAAAUUAAGGAGCAUUUAAGUGAAUUACCAUUCGAAGAAGCUGUGCAAACAGCAAAAGAGUUUGAAUUGCCUUUAGUGUUUGAUUGUCUCAAUAAUUCAAACUCGGACCAAAUAAACUUAGCUUGUGAAGUUCUGUCAUUAUGUAUGUCCAAACUUUCCUUAGGAGAAAGCAUAGACCGUUAUUGUGUACCUCUAGAGAGGGCUUUGAAUCAUCCGAAUCCUUCUGUGAAGCUCAUGGCCUUAAUGGAAAUUCACCGCAACGCUUUGGACGAAGAAAUUCACUGUCAGUUGUGUAGAAAACAAAGCCUUUUAGAGAGUGUAGUAAAAUGUUUAGGAGAUGAUGAUUUGGGAGUUGUUAAAAAUGCUUCAGAUGUAAUACUUCUUUUAAGUUCCACACCAACUGGAAUAAGGCAGUUAACAUCUUCAGAGAUGCUUAAUGCAAUUGGAAAAACGAUGAGCAUUAAUGAAGUUAUUAAACUGAGGUUUUAUGAGGUUUUUGUACAUAUUGCAGCAGAGUCUGAUGGAACUCAAAGGCUUUUAGAAUCAACUGGCUUGAUGUCUCAAAUAUUGACUGAUUUAGAGAACACAGAUGUCCUCCUUAGAAUUAAUGUUAUUGAGAUACUUUCAAAAUUAGUAGUUACUGAACAUGGAUACAAGUAUUUAGAAUCACAAGGAGUUUUUCAGAAGCUUUUUCAAUAUUUUAAUGAAGGUUCUGAUCAAUUAUCAUUGCAACUGUGUGAACCAGGAAUCUUGCGAUUUUUUGGUCAUAUGGCUUACUGGAAGCCAACAGAAGUUCUUUCUAAGUACCAGGUGCCACUGAACAGGCUGUUUCAUAAUUUAGAAUCAUCUGAUUUUCCUUUGGUUGCUGUUUCCUUUGAUAUUCUUGGGCACAUUGGGGAAACUAACGAGGGAAAAGUAGCAUUAGAUACUGCUGGUGACAGAAAAGUAUUGAGGGCUGUUGAAAUUGUACGGGAGAGAUUGGGCUCAUUACCAAAUGAAGUUAAGUUACGAGCAAUGAGUUUUCUGGAAAAUCUAUUUAGAAUGAAGGAUUCUGAUCCUAAAAUUUCCAACUUGAUCCAGAAAUGGUUUAAUAAACUGGGCGAUGAUGGGAUGGAUUUCGUUUUUAAAUAUGUGAAAAAUCCAUUUUCCGAAAUUCGUUUAGCUGGUCUUGGAAUUUUGAAUUCCUUAUGUGGACAUCAUUGGGGGCAAGAAAACAUUAAAAAUACACCUGGCCUUGUAGAAUUUCUACUGGACAGAAGAGUAGAAACAAUGAAGGAGUGCAAAGAGGCAACAUUUGAUAUAAUUUACUUGUUAUCAUCCAGUCCAGUUUUUGACAAGAUUACACAAUUAAGAUUACAAGCGUUUGUCAAGGAAGGGCCGUUCCACGUCCAGGCAAUCACCGAGGUUGCAAUUGAAGGAGAUUAGAAAUGUUAAUAAUACCAUUUCUCUGAUUUUGUAUUUUAAUACUACUGAUAAAAUAAAAUAAAAUGGAUUUUUGAACUGUAAAAUGAGUGAACUAAUAAAUACUUAUCACUUAAA